GUGACAUAGCAGCAGCUGGUCGAGUCCAAGAAACACGGAUAUGAGCACCUCUUCCCUGUCAAGCACUGUGAGCACUAUGAACAGAGUUCUGGACAUGAAUCAGUAGUCAUCCAGAAGGACCAUGACCUGUUGAAGCCGGACCCUGAUGCUGCUCCUUCAGGCCUCCUCAAGUGCUCCUGGUCCUGAUGCUGCUCCUUCAGGCCUCCUCAAGUGCUCCUGGUCCUGAUGCUGCUCCUUCAGGCCUCCUCAAGUGCUCCUGGUCCUGAUUUACUUUCUUUUCUUCUUCCGCUCGGGAUGCGCUGAGCAAACACACUGCAGUUUUUGCAUCGCGUGACCAGAGUGGGUAAUACUGGGCAAAUCGUAUUUCAACACACUUUGAGCCUAAAACUGAAAUCAUGUGAUUAUUUUGGAAUACCAUCAAUUCUCUGUUGGCACUGGUUUGCAGAGUUCUGCCCUAGAUCCAUCCUCUAGCCUUCACAGCAUGUUGCUCCUCCAUGCCCACUGGAGUCCAAGUCUGAAGUGGAGCAUCAGACUUAACCCAGUACAGCCUGGAGUUUCUUGGAAAAUAGUGUGUGGGUCUGUGCGACAAAAGAAAGGAGUUUGGCUAAUCCAGCAUGGAUUUGACCUCUGAGGAAAGCUUAAUGGCUGGUAUUUCUACAGCAAUGCUAGGACUUCACUUCGAUUGUGCGCCUUUUAACAGAACCACUACCAUGUGGAUCUAAGUUUUUCACCAUCUAAAGGCACCAGAUAUGGUGUCACCAUGCUGAAUGUUCAAUAUUGAAAAUAGAGAAUGGGAGACAAACUCUAUUUGUAUUUUGUAGGGCAUGGAGAAGCCCCCUAACCUUUCAGCUAGUGUGUUUCUAUUACCUCCUUAUUGCACGAAUUUGAAUCCUGUUCUUUUUUUCUUGUUUUGUGCAACUUCCUUCCUGAUCAAAGUGACCCCCAUAGUGGUGGAGGUUUGAAUUGAUCCUAGAUGUUUAGGGGCUGCUCUGUAUUUGAUUAAGCCCAAGACAUUGGGGUAAACACUGCAGCUGGAGGUCUCUGCGGCUAAGGAAAAAACCUAUACUUCACCUAUAAAGCCACGGGAUGUUUUAAUCCAUUAAAUUCUUCAACAAUAAUUCUAGUCAAGAGUUUGGAGGACACGCAGGGAGAGGUUGGGUGGAGCCAGAGAUCGGGCCAAAGGUUAUGGCGGAACACGGGGAGUUGCUUGCAGAAAUGACCACUGUUGGGCGUCUGUCUGCUACGGAGCGGCUCAAACAUGCCCAGAAACGUCGCACUCAGCAGCUGAAGGGCUGGGCCCAAAUGGAGAAGGAGAGCGCCCGGGGUGGGAAGGCGUCACAGAAGGCAGACAAGGCCAAGAAGAAGGACAAGGACAAGGAGCCCAGCCGGAGGGUCACCUUCCCCAGUAAUAUCACCCUACUAGAGUCAGCUGCACGCAAUGACUUGGAGGAAGUGAGGGAACUGCUGAAAAAUGGAGUCAGUCCAGACCUGGUCAACGAGGAUGGACUCACAGCAUUGCACCAGUGUUGUAUAGAUGACUUUGAGGACAUUGUGCGUUGUCUGCUGGAGGCAGGCGCCACUGUGAACGCCGCGGACAGUGAGCUGUGGACCCCGCUACACGCUGCUGCCACCUGUGGACAUACUGGCCUGGUGCAGCUGCUAGUGCAGUCUGGGGCCGAUGUGCUGGCGGUGAAUGCUGACGGAAAUAUGCCGUAUGACCUCUGUGAGGAUGAAGCCACACUGGAGCUCAUAGAGAUGGUCAUGGCAGAGCAAGGCAUCACACAGGAGCGUAUAGAUGAGUGCCGUGGGGCGAAGGAGAGGCAGAUGCUGGCGGAUGUCCAGGCUGUGAUAGACAGCGGAGGAGACCGGACCUCAAGGGACGAGCAUGGGGCCACACUGUUGCAUAUUGCAGCGGCCAAUGGAUAUGUGUCUGUAGGGGAGCUUUUGCUGGAGCACAGGUUCCCUAUGGAGGAGAAGGACAACGAUGGCUGGACGCCACUCCAUGCUGCCGCCUGCUGGGGACAGCUUCAGAUGGUGGAGCUGCUAGUGGCUCACGGGGCCAACCUGAGCGCCAAAUCAGUUCUGGAGGAGACGCCCAUAGAUGUUUGUCCAGAUGAGGACGUGAGGGCCAAGAUGCUGGAGCUCAAGCACAAGCAUGAUGCCAUCAUGAAGAGUCAGGAUCGACACAAGGGCACCCUGCAGAGACGAGCCUCCAGUGCCAGCAGCAGAGGAAAGGUUGUGCGGCGUGUGAGUGUGAACGAGCGGUCGAGUCUGUACAGACGGGAGCACCGUAAAGAGGCCAUAGUGUGGCAGGAGAGGGGCCGGCAGCCUGAACCGCCGGACGACGAUGAGGACAGACAGACAGAUGCUGAGCUCAAUAUGCACCCAGCGAUGGCAUCAAGUUCAGCUGCAGGCCAGGAAGGUAGCCAAGGGGACAGGCUUGUAGAUCCUGGGGUGCUUGGGAACGGAGGAUCCGCCACCUCCCUGUCCUCCUCCUCCAUGCUUGGGGAGUUCCGCGUUGGGGGCCGCAUGGACCGCAGUGCGUCUUACCAGCUGACACCGCCCUCAGCUGCCAGUCUGGCUGAGGGCGAGGGAGCGGACAGCAUGACCCGGGAGAAGUCCCACCACACGCUGGCCGAACUCAAACGGCAGCGGGCGGCUGCCAAGCUCCACAAGCACCCCGCGCCCCCUCCGCCUUUGCUUCCGCCGUCCGAGGAGGAGCCCGCCCCUGCCUCUCUCGACCCCGCGACGCCAGAGACUCCGGGAGGCACGGUGCCUCAGGACGAAGUGAUCUCGCCCAACACUGUGUACUUCACGCCGGCCAGCGGGGACCCACCCCUCCUGAAACUGCGUGCGCCGGAGGAGGAAGCGCCCAAUACCAAGGAGCCCUGCUGUGGUCUCAUGUAGAGAGAAGGACACGAGACCUCGGCACGCACACACGCGACAAGCAAAAGCUCUGGAACAUUUUUGGUUAAUUUUGUUAAAUUCAUGAGCCUCAGAGGCACUAUGGCACAGCACCAUGGACGCACAACACACGUACUUUACACUCCUCAUGCAGACACAUGCACUUGGGCCCAAAUUAACACAGAGUGUCACUACUGUAAAAACAAAACUCAUAAUCCCAUGGCAAACACUUAAGACACUUGGAAUGGAAUAUUUGAGGUGACAAAUGUAGACUCUCUUCUGAGAUUAUAUAUGGGAAGCGCACUUAAAACAAAGGAAAGCUUACCAAACUGCAUAGUUGCACGUCAGAGGUUGGGAAUAAUGGAAUUACAUGGAGGAUUUGUUUUCUUUUCAUGCCAUUUCAACUGUGUUGUUUGUUUUAUGGGAUUUUGAUCCCAAAGUUCAUUCAAGCCUUAAAACUUUUUUUUUUCUAGCAUAAACCUUAUUGAAUGAUAUUAAUCACUCUAAAGGCUACAAGGCCCGGGGCAGCUUAUGCAGGGCCAACAUACACCAUCUCACUACCAACUACAUCAAGAACCUAAACAGUGAAUCUAGCCUAAGGCUUGAGUCCAAGGAUCACUCCAGAUGAGUUGAGUAAACUAUAUGCCCUACGUGAACAGGAAAUCCCAGAUGUCAGAGAUCUCAGAAAACCUUCCACACAGGACACUAGAGAAAUUUUGCACUUUACUGUGUUAAAAUGAAGAAUGCUAUGUUGCAGAAUUAUGUUUUAAGUUAUAUUUUCCAUGUGUGGCUUUAAUUGCAAAACAUACAAUCAUAUAUUAUGGUUUGCUUGUGCACUUCUGCAGAAGACAAGUGGCCCUUUUCAGUUGCUAUUUUGAUUUUGGUGAUCUGAUUAAUAUGAGUGAAAAUGUACAAUUUAUAGGGUUAAACAAGAUCUUUAAUUAAUGGAAGUUUUUUUACCCACAAGAUUUCUCUGUAAAAGUGCUUUCCAAGAUUUUGGCCCAACCCAAAACUUUGUCAAAUAUUUUCCUAUGUCUAGAUUAUUUCAAAUUAUUGGUAAUGACUUGUAUGUGUACAGCUGGUGAAUUGAUUUGGUAAAAAUGUUGAUUGUAUUUUUUUUCUUCUAAAAUGAUAUAAUGCCUGAUUUAAAAGCGUCAUUUAUAAUUUAUUUAUUUAAUUUAUUUAGAAGUUAAACUGAACACUCCAGUUGUAAGAGGACACAGAACUAUGAGACAUCACUGUAAGCCUUACUUGUUUGAAUUUACAUUGCCAUGUACUUGAUGUGCUCCGAUGACGUCAUAUGGACUGUAUCUCUCCACCUCUGGUUCCCUCUCGAAUAGGUCUCAGAUUUCAGAUAAAAAUGGUAUUUUGAGAACUCCAGUGCAGACUGCAUAGAGAACUGAAGCUACUGUACCUGUACAGGUAAAUUGUGCUUUUCAUGAAGCAUUGUGUUUAUUGAUAAAAGGAAAUGAUUUUCAAAGGUGAUUCUUCCAAUCCAUCUGAGUCGGUGUAGCGUUCAUGGUGUUCAAGAAAGUGAAUCAUACCCUGAAGGUACUAAUCCCACUCUCUUAGCGGUAUUCAGUUUUGGUUUACUAUAAUUAUCGAUAUAGUCAUAUUAAUAACAUAUCUACAAUAUAUCAUUGUGAGUAAAAACACAGUGGCCAUAUGGAAUAACAAAUCUAUUGUUUAAAAAUGAAAUGUGAAAAUGCUUUUUCACAUGUGUUUUAGAAGUGUGCUUAUAAUUAUUUGAGAAGUACUGUAGCAUACGUCUUAAACAUGUUCAAUUUGAUCAUAACAUUUGUUUAAUGAGCACCAAGCGUCAACACUUCUAAUAUGCUUACCACAGUGACCUGCAGUACAUGAACACAACAAUAAAGACUUGAGAAAUUAAUUUAA